UAUUUGAGCAGAGAAGCGCCACAGAUGCUGCUGCGCACCGGGACCAUGCAGAGCUCCAAGCUGCCCAGCGGGGCGCUCCUCUGCGCGCUGCUGCUGCUCUCCGCCGCGGCGGCGCAGCUGCUGGACGAGGAGUCCGAGGAGGAGCUGAGCCCCAGAGCCCUGCGGGACUUCUACCCCAAAGGUCCCAACCUGACCAGUGAGAAGCAGCUGCUCGGAGCUCUCCAAGAAGUCCUGGAGAAGCUGCAGGCCAAACGGCUGCCGUCGUGGGAAAAGAAGUUUGGCCAAGUUCCGAUGUGCGACGUGGGGGAGCAGUGCGCCGUGAGGAAGGGCGCGCGCAUCGGGAAGAUGUGCGACUGUCCGCGCGGAGCUUUCUGCAACUUCUUUCUGCUGAAGUGCUUAUGAGCCUGUGCGGAUCCAGCGGCUCCGGCAUGCCCACAGGUUUAUUUAUUAGUCCACAUCUUUCUAAGAAAGACGCGAGGAAGAGCAGGACAGAGGAGGAAGAGGAGCUGCCUCUGCUUUCUGUGCUCCAUUCUUUCAUCUGAGGAAAACUCUGUUCAGGGACUCUUCAUCCUUCUCAUCCUCACCUCUCUGUAAACGUCAGCUGCUUCCUUCCUGUUAAAUGUUCUGUGUCUGACUUGUGCCAAUAAAAGCGGAUCCGGUCCUGUUGUUUUGUAAA